AUGAUGCUGCUUCUUCGUGUGCUGAUGCUGUCACUUCUCUCCGGUGGUUCAGCCAGAGUUGUGCAGAAUUUUGAGAUUGAAUGUGGUCAAUUUUUUGCAAAUGGAAAAUCACCAACAACAUUUGCUGAACCCCAAUACAGGCAGAUCUGCCAAACUCUGAGUAAUGUUCAUUAUUAUGCCACAUUUUAUGACACUGGCAAGAAGAUUCCCCUGUACUCAGCCUACAAGUUUGAAGGGCUAAUGGACUGCACAAGACAAGACAAGUGGUACAUUGAACCUCAACUUGACGAUAAUAAUGCAUCACCAGACAUGAAAUUUGAGAAAGAUGUGAAAAAACAAGGGCUUGGAGUCCAUCAAGCUCUCAAUGACGACUAUAAGAACUCAGGCUUUGACAGAGGUCAUCUGGCACCAGUCUACCAGGCAGAAUCACAGAGCUGUGCUGAUGCCACCUUCACUCUCACUAAUGCUGCUCCACAAAACCUCUCUUUUAACCGAGGUCAGUGGAGGAAACUAGAAGAAAAUAUUGCAAUAUUUCUGAACAGUGAAUGUAAAUUAUAUACUGUUUACAUUGUGACAGGGGUGGUACCAGGUGCAAGUCAAAUUGUAACAAACAGAGUGAACGUGCCUAGUCACUUCUGGACUGCAUACUGCUGCUUAGACCAGAAUAAUAGAUGUUCAGACUCAGGAGGAGUCAUUGCAACCAAUAACAAUAACUCCAGUAUAGGGAAAUGAAUGUGGCUGCUUUAGAGGC